AUUGUAGCAAAGAUGAUUGUCUAACGUAUGACUAAGCCAAACCUCAAUGGUUGCACAAACUACUUCUUCAACUGAUUCCCUUUGAUGUGCAUUCAAAUAUGUCCAAAGCUUCAUGUCUAACCAAGAUUUUACAAGGAUUGGGAGUGGGCAUAUGAACUAAGAUGAAGAUCUGGGUCAAAAUAUAUGGCUGCCACAGCUGACUCUAAGUUAGAUAUAAUUUAAUUUGAUGAAAGUUUGAAGGCAAAGCUUAUUCUCAAGUAAAUAUUUUGAACUUAUUACUGCAUACAACUUUGCUAUCUUUCUUGCUUUCUUCCUUGUCGUCUCUGAAAUGUUUUCUAAUAUUGCCACUUCUUCUUAUUUCUCUGAGCAGAUUGAUCUUUGGCUUGUAUUUGUUAAGACCACAUCAAACUUCUUGGCAUCUUUCAUCUUCCAUUUGCCUUUGUAA